CCGAAUGCCACUUUAGCAUAAACGGCGCCUAAACAGCUGUAGUUGGGGAACUGGGAGAGAGCUCUCAAUCAAGAGUGUGACGUCAGAGUUUCGUCAUAAUUCAAGUCCGACAAAAUAGCGGUUCGCAAGGGGGGUGAUGUAUGAUUGAGAAUUGAAUUUUAUCAAAGAACUAAGUUAAAAAAUGAAGGAGAAAGUGGUUAUCAUCAUUGAAGAUGACAGCGAUGAGUCAACUGUAUAUAACGUAAGAGAAGACGGGGUGAUCGAGAUUUCUGAUGCAGAAGAGAAGAAUAUGUGCCAGGGAAACUGCACGAGCAUUAAUACAAACCAACUAGUCCAACCAUCAUCUUCAAAUGAAAACAAACCCUGGAUAAACCACUUUAAUAGGAAGAACGUUAAGUCAUUACCCCCUGACAGAAUCGAAAGUAAACCCUCGACAUCAACAAGCCCAGCUAUAUUAAACACGCCACAGUUUACUGAAGGGAAAAGAUCUAUCUUGACGGAUAAGAACAGUUCAAAUCAUUCAUUCUCAGCAACUAAUAACAAUGGGAACUUAUCAGUGGCAAUGGCAAACCACAAAGAUAUACCUUGCACAGCCAAGAGCAGAAGUUAUUGUGUUAAUGGUUCGUUAAAAAGGAAAAAUUGCUCAAACAAUCCUGAUAGUCAACCUAAAAGACAUUGUACAGAACAGGCUAAUUCUUAUACUAGUGAGACAAACUUGGCGGCAGCUCAACAUAUUCUGUUUAUUGAUCUUGACAACUGGGGAAGAUUCCUAUCUUUGCCUCAUCCUCUUCAUCCAAAGCUAUUUGUUUUGGGCUUUUGCGGUGGCGAUUACACGGAGAAAAAAUCAUCAUGGUCUCGGCAUUUACGAAAACUUAUGGAAGAAAAACGAUUUUACAAGCAUCCCAAGUGUGGAAAAGGGAAAAACGCUGCAGACAUUGCAUUGUGUAUUCAUGCAGGAAGGUUGGACUUGCAAUUACCGAAGCAUAUUCCAUUCACAGUGUUAUCAGGAGAUAGAGAUUUUCGUGAACUGAAAGAGCAGUUAAGUCUCUUCCAACGCCAGGUUAAUUUAAUCGAUCCACAUCAAGAGGAUGAAACCAAAUUGUAUAAAACAUUAUCAAUGAUUGGAAGAAACUAACUCUGUUGAAGGUUGUUCAUCAAAUGAAUGCCAUGCUUCUCUUGUCAAGACCAAUGUUGAUUUAGGGAAUUUGCAACCUGAAACUACAUGUAUAUUAUGUGCAGGACUAAAGAUGUUGUGUUAUCUUUUAAAGAAGCAGUACAAACAUAACAAUUGCAUGUGUUUGGGUUUAUUUUAUGAACAAAUGUACAAAAAUACCACAUGUUUCUGUGGAAAUAUGUAAAUGUUGUUGAUAUAAAAAAGAUUGGGUUUAUUUUAUGAA